AACGUAGCGACCGGCGCUUUGGUGAGUUUGACGUGGCACUCUGCUUUAACAGAGAACCGUGGAGAGGACUCUGCCCUGUAUUCAGGUUGCCAUCUCAUUGAUCCUGGCAUGAGAAGACAGUAACAUCCCAUCAAGAUGAGUCAACAGGGUUAUGUUGCUGCACCCCCGUACUCCCAGGCCCAGCCCGGGAUGGGGGGCUACCAGGGUGGGUUCGGAGCUGGUCCUGCACAACCCGUCUAUGGGCACUAUGGGGGUCCGCCUCAGACAUUCAACGGUCCACCAACAGGUAUGAUGAAGGCACCAGUCUCCUCUGCAGCUGGGAUGCCUCCACCUGCAGCGCCCAGUCAGUACAAUCCAAAUGUCCAGCAGAACGGCGCACAUCCACAAAGAUACCCUCCACCAGCUGCUCCUGCUUCUUAUGGACAGCCUUUACAGUCGCAGUACAACAACAUGGUCCCCGCGGCCCCCCCUCCAGCUCAGCAGCUCACCAAUCAGAUGAGUACCAUGAACCUGGGCAGCUAUGCCUCGGGUCCUAUGCAGAGCCCCCCCCCUCCAACAAACUCUGUUCCCCAGCAGCCUUUCCAACCAGCACCCCCUCCAGCAAUGGGCCAGCCGAUGAUGCCACCAGGACCACAGUCCCCCCACAUGUCCCCCCACAUGUCUGCUCCACAGUCUCCCCAAGCAAACAUGCCAAUGGCAGGCCCCCCAAUGGCAGGCCCCCCAAUGGCCGCACCACCAAUGGGAGGCCCCCCCAUGUCAGGCAUGGGUCGACCCUUUCCCGGCCCCCUUCCUCCAGGCCCCGGAGGUUUCCAGCAGCCUGGUCCUGGACCUGCUGGUCCAACUGGAUACCCCCAGCAAGCAGGUCAGUUUGGGGGACACAUGGCAGGGCCUCAGCCUGGUAUGAUGGGGCCUCAGCCUGGUAUGAUGGGGCCUCAGCCUGGUAUGAUGGGGUCUCAGCCUGGUAUGAUGGGGUCUCAGCCUGGUAUGAUGGGGCCUCAGCCUGGCAUGAUGGGGCCUCAGCCUGGCAUGAUGGGGCCUCAGCCUGGUAUGAUGGGGCCUCAGCCUGGCAUGAUGGGGCCUCAGCCUGGCAUGCCAGGUGCCUUCCCUGGAUCAGCAGGCGGACUGGCAGGACCACCACAGAAGAAACUGGACCCUGACUCUAUCCCCAGCACCACUCAAGUCAUCGAGGAUGACCAAGUAAAACGAGGGGGACAGGUGUACAACACGAACAUCAGAGGACAGGUUCCCCCGCUGGUCACCACUGAGUUCCCCAUACAGGACCAAGGCAACGCCAGCCCCCGGUUCAUCCGCUGCACCACCUACUCCCUGCCCUGCACCGCAGACCUGGCCAAACAGUGCCAAGUUCCGCUGGCCGCCAUCAUCAAACCUUUCGCAAGUGUGCCCAAGAAUGAGACUCCUCUGUAUGUUGUGAACCAUGGUGAGACCGGCCCGAUCCGCUGCAAUCGAUGCAAAGCCUACAUGUGUCCCUACAUGCAGUUUAUUGACGGAGGGCGUCGCUUCCAGUGUGGCUUCUGCAACUGUGUCAAUGAAGUGCCAGCCUUCUACUUCCAACAUUUGGACCACAUGGGCAGGAGGGUAGACUUCUACGAGAGGCCAGAGCUGUCCCUGGGCUCCUACGAGUUUGCAGCCACCCUGGACUACUGCAAGAACAACAAGGUGCAAAAUCCUCCUGCCUACCUCUUCAUGAUCGAUGUGUCCUAUAACAACGUUAAGAGUGGACUAGUCAAACUGAUAUGUGAUGAGCUGAAGACUCUGCUGGACAAUCUGCCAUGUGAGGACGGCUCGGAGAGCUCCACCAUUAAGGUGGGCUUCGUCACCUACAACAAGGUGCUCCACUUCUACAACGUGAAGAGUGCUCUGGUCCAGCCGCAGAUGAUGGUGGUGUCGGACACAGCGGAGAUGUUCGUCCCCCUGCUCGACGGAUUCCUCGUCAACUAUCAGGACUCCAGAGCCGUUAUCUACAACCUCCUGGAUCAGAUCCCUGAUAUGUUUGCAGACUCCAACGAGAGUGAGACAGUCUUUGUUCCCGUCAUCCAGGCCGGCGUGGAGGCAUUUAAGGCAGCAGAGUGCAGCGGGAAGCUCUUCAUCUUCCACUCCUCCAUGCCCACCGCCGAGGCUCCGGGCAAACUGAAGAACAGGGACGACAAGAAGCUGGUGAACACCGACAAAGAGAAAACGUUGUUCCAGCCUCAGAAAGGAGUGUAUGAGCAGCUGUCGAAGGAGUGUGUGGCGCAGGGCUGCUGUGUGGACCUCUUUCUCUUCCCCAGUCAGUACGUGGACGUGGCCACCAUGGCUGACGUGCCCUCACACACCGGAGGCUCUAUCUACAAGUACAACAACUUCCAGGUGGAGACGGAUGGGGAGCAUUUCCUGACAGACCUGAGGAAAGACGUGCAGAAGAGCAUCGGCUUUGACGCCAUCAUGCGUGUUCGCACCAGCACUGGGUUCAGAGCCACAGAGUUCUUCGGAGCGAUCCAUAUGAACAACACCACAGACAUCGAGAUGGCGGCGGUGGAUUGUGACAAGGCUCUGACCGUAGAGUUCAAACACGACGACACACUCAGCGAGGAGACCGGAGCACAAAUGCAGUGUGCAUUGCUGUACACCACCAUCAACGGACAACGACGUCUCCGCAUCCACAACCUCAGUCUGAACUGCAGCUUGCAACUGUCAGAGCUGUACAAGAGCUGCGAGACGGACUCUCUCAUCAACUUCUUUGCCAAAUCAGCCUGCCGUGCCAUACUGAACCAGCCGCUGAAGAACGUGCGGGAGAUCCUGGUGAACCAGACGGCCCACAUGCUGUCCUGCUACAGGAAGAACUGCGCCACCCCCUCAGCUGCCAGCCAGCUGAUCCUGCCUGACGCCAUGAAGGUGUUCCCGGUCUACAUGAACAGCCUGAUGAAGAGCGCUCCUCUGGUUGGCAGCACGGAGCUCUCCACCGACGACCGCGCCCACCAGAGGCUCUCCAUCAUGGCCAUGGGGGUGGAGGACACACAGCUGCUGCUCUACCCACGCCUCACCCCACUGCACAACCUGGACCUGGGCAGCGAGGCUCUUCCCGCUCCGGUGCGAUGCUCCGAGGAGCGCCUCUCGGAAUCCGGCAUGUUCCUGCUGGAGAACGGACAAUCCAUGUUCCUGUGGCUGGGCCAGGGCAGCCCUCCAGACAUCGUGCAGAGCCUCUUCAACGUGCCCUCCCUGGCACACCUGCAGGGAAACAUGAGUGCUCUGCCAGAGCUGGACAACCCGCUGUCCGCAAAGGUCCGCUCCAUCAUCAGCGGCCUGAUGGAGAAGAGGCCGAACUCCAUGAAGCUGCAGAUCGUGCGGCAGAAGGACAAACCCGAGAUGUUGUUCCGUCAGUUCCUGGUGGAGGAUAAGAGUCUGCACGGAGGAGCCUCCUACAUGGACUUCCUGUGCUACGUCCACCGAGAGAUCAGACUGCUGCUCACUUAACACCCCCGUCUGCCGGACACACACACACCUCACAGGGUCAGUUCAUAAAGGACGGUUUUACAAAGACAGAGGAAGACACCCGAGCCAGCUAGAGCCAAAGCUGCCUUUCCAACGUAGUGUCCUUAAAGUAUGACCUUCAAAUAACCACUCGUCACUUGAGGAUCUACGAUACACAGCACAGCCAGUGACACUUGUUGUGAUGGAGUGUGGAGAUCAGAGCUUUGGCGUUAAGCAAUACAGCAUUUAUCUCCACUGUUUCACAUUUCACUUUGUAGAUUUACAGGGUCAGGACGAGGGGUUAUUUUGAGGCAAUACUGCUCACUUUGAAACUCGCCAGUCUCUGUUUUACGUGACUUUCUCCCAUAUAAAGACUGAAUAUGUAACCGUUUUUAAAUCUUGUUCUCUUUUUUAAAUAUAAAUACAUGCUCAAAGAAAUUUUACAAUAUUUAAAACGUCUUAUAGAGGCUUCUACAUGUUUUCACACUUACAUAGUGUCCUAGUGUCAAUGUGCUAAGUAAACAUACACGAAAAAUGUUCUAAUUUAAACACAAACGCUGCUGAUGAAUGAUUCCUGUCAUUACACACGCCUUCCCUUUGAAACAUUUUUGACCAUUUAAAACAAAGACCUGAUCCUCUCAAUGUGCAGCGAUGCAGAAAAAACAUUUUGUUUCGUGUUCUGAGGUUAGAAUGAACACAGCUGUCGCUCUGCAGAGAGAACAUCGUUGGUCCUGAGGAAAAACAAAAAAAGCUUAUUUUUGAGUCAGAACUUGAACAAAAAAAAAGGAUGCUUAACGGAAAGGAUUGCCAAAGGUUUAGGGACCAAA